AUGACCACGGACCGCGAUAUUGCUGGCUGGUCAAGCGAAGCAUCGGACGGCAACCUGCAUCAAAUGGCGGAGGCUCUAAAGGUGGACAAUGACGGCGGGGGGAUCACCCGGGCCGCCGCGUGGCAGCAUGCCAUGACAGUUCGAUCGUACAAGUAG